AUGUCUGACUCGAGGGAUCCCGGGAAGCCGGGUGGUGAUAAGGACAAGGAGGAUACGUUCUCAAAGUACAUCCAGCGCAUGAAGACGGUGCUCAAGGGGCCUCGUUCGAACAGAGCCUCCAUCUCCAGCAUGGCUGACGCUGCUCCCGGUGAGCCCAGACGGCCAUCAGCACAACUAUCCGCCCGCCCAAGAGCUGCUCCAGCAGCCCCAGCUUCACCACCCGCCGACGCUGGCUCUCCGGCUCCCGUCGCUCACCAGUGGACCUCUAUGCAGGAAGAGCGCGCCCGCGCCCUCUUCGCCAAAUACGGCCUCACCCUCGAACCAGGCGAAUGGAUCACCGGCCCUGCUACCGGAAUGACCUCGACCCCAGCUGGAAUCACCUCCGCCCAGCCACCCCGCGAAGUUGAAAGAGUUGAGAAGCCGAUUCGCAUGCGCGUGCGUCGGAACUGUCACCGUUGUCUGGCUACUUUUGGCGCAGACAAGGGAAAGGAACGCAGCCAGAAGAAGAUCGUUAGCGUUGCCGGUGGUGCUGGAGGGACUCGCGACCGUGAUCGUGACCGAGAGCGAGAGCGUGAGCGUGAACGAGAUGAAGGGAGAAAGACGACCUGCCCCGAGAAGAUCAUGUUGACUAUUCCGAGCCGAACUGGCGGCCAGGACCUGGUGCAUAAGCCUGUCCGUCAGCGAGUUCGACGAACUUGCCAUAUCUGCAAUACUUUGUUUGAAGGGAACGCGACCGAGUGUCUGAACUGUAACCACAUUCGGUGCAAGAAGUGCCCGAGAGACCCUGCGAAACUGAACAAAUAUCCCGACGGUUACCCAGGCGAUGCAGAGCCGCCGUUCGAACCGCAGGAACGGGUCUGGAGACGACCUCGUCGCCGCGUACGCUGGACAUGUCAUGAGUGUUCGUCCAUGUUCACGGGUGGUGAAAAGAUAUGUCUAAAGUGCCAGCAUGAACGGUGCAACGACUGUAUUCGAGACCCGCCCAAGAAGAUCAAGCCCGAACCUGAUCCGGAGAUACUCAGACGUGUCGAAGAGAAGCUGGCGCUUAUCGAUGUAUCUUCCUAG